AUGCAACAUCCCCAUCAAGACCAAGAAGAUAUGAACCAACGUUAUCCAAGUCCUCCUCCACCCAUGGGCGAUAAUCCGUAUCAUCACCAAAAUAUGGAUCCCAGCAGUGCGCUCAUCGAUGUGUUGCCCGAGUCUGAGGUGCCACAGAAGGAAGAAUCUGACGCGCCAAGUCCUGGCAGAUCGAAGCCCAUUCCAAAACCUGAUCGCGAGGUCACAAAGGGAGAGGAUGGACGAUUUGUUUGCACCUGGCCCGGAUGCACGGAAGAACAGCGAUCGUUCGGCAGAAAGUGCGAAUGGUCAAAGCACAUGGACAAGCACGAUAGACCCUACAAGUGUCCAGCUGAAGGCUGCGAAAAGUUGCCAGGCUUCACUUAUUCCGGUGGACUCCUGCGACAUCAACGAGAGGUUCACAACUUGCAUGGAGGUCCCCGAAAACAAUUGAACUGCCCACAUCUCAACUGCAAGCGCUAUUCAGGAAAGGGCUUUUCGCGCCAGGAGAACUUGAAUGAGCAUUUGCGCCGAGUUCAUACCGAUGGUGGCGUCGAGGCACAAGAUGGAGCCGAGACUGAAGAGGAUGGCAGCGAGCGAGCAGGCAUGAAGAGAAAGCGACCCGCAGUAGAGAGCCCAGACAUUCGCCAGGAAGUCGCAAAACUCCGCAAGGAGAAUGAGAAGCUGAAGAAGCAAGCUGAGCAACAAAACAUCCGAACCAACGACUUGCUCCAGCAGGUUCAGGCUCUUCAAAGUAUCGUUGGUGUUCACGCGCUUCCUCAUGCUCAGCAACAAGCUCCACAAGCAAAUAUGACGAACAUGCAGUCGAUGUAA